GUCGUAAAGACAUCGUACAGUAAAGAGACGCAUCGGGAAGUGAACAAGUGAGCGGCUGUAGGGCGCACAGGGACACUCGGUCAUGUCAGAUAACGGGAGCACGGAGGCUCCGAACCUCGGUAACAAAGUGACCGUUGUGCUUGGAGCGCAGUGGGGCGAUGAAGGAAAGGGCAAAGUGGUGGACCUGCUGGCCCAGGACGCCGACAUGGUCUGCAGAUGUCAGGGAGGCAACAACGCAGGACACACGGUCGUGGUGGACUCUGUAGAGUACGACUUUCACCUUUUACCCAGUGGCAUUAUCAACCCUAAUGUCACAGCCUUUAUUGGUAACGGCGUGGUGAUUCACCUUCCCGGCCUCUUCGAGGAGGCUGAGAAAAAUGUGCGGAAGGGUAAAGGUCUGGAAGGCUGGGAGAAGCGACUCGUCAUUUCUGACCGCGCCCAUAUCGUGUUUGAUUUCCAUCAAGCCGUGGAUGGAGUUCAAGAACAGGAGAGGCAGCAGCAAGCCGGCAAAAAUCUAGGAACAACGAAAAAGGGUAUCGGGCCUGUCUACUCUGCAAAGGCUGCUAGGAGCGGCCUCAGAAUAUGUGACCUUUUGUCUGACUUUGAGCAGUUCUCAGAGAGGUAUAAAAAUUUGGCCUCACAGUACAAGUGUAUGUACCCGUCAUUGGAGAUAGAUAUCGAUGGGGAGCUUGAGAAACUCAAGGCAUAUGUGGAACAGAUUAAACCCAUGGUAAGAGAUGGCGUGUUCUUCAUGUACGAGGCUCUGCAUGGUGCAUCUAAAAAGAUACUGGUGGAAGGUGCCAACGCUGCCCUGCUGGACAUUGACUUUGGAACGUACCCUUUCGUAACUUCGUCCAACUGUACAGUGGGUGGGGUGUGUACAGGCCUGGGCAUGCCACCCCAGAAUGUAGGGGACGUCUAUGGCGUUGUCAAGGCCUACACCACUCGAGUAGGCAUUGGAGCAUUCCCAUCUGAACAGGAUAAUGAAAUUGGAGUGAUGCUUCAGACAAGAGGGAAGGAGGUGGGCGUGACCACAGGCCGCAAGAGGAGAUGCGGUUGGCUGGAUCUGAUGCUUGUCAAAUACGCCCACAUGAUUAAUGGCUUCACUGCCUUGGCUCUAACCAAAUUGGACAUCCUGGAUGUCUUCGAUGAAAUCAAAGUUGGCGUGGGUUAUAAGGUGGACAACGAAUUCAUACCAUAUUUCCCAGCAAAUCAGGAGGUGUUACAUAAGGUCGAGGUCCAGUAUGAGACUUUGCCUGGCUGGAACAGCAACACCUCAGCCGUUAGGACCUUUGAGGAGCUUCCUGAAAAUGCACAGAAAUACAUUCGCUUCAUUGAGGAGUACCUUAAGGUGCCUGUGAAAUGGAUCGGUGUUGGCAAGUCAAGAGAGUCGAUGAUCCAGCUGUUUUAAGGGGCUGUUUGGCUGUGUGGAUGCUUCUGACCAGGGCCUCUGACUCAGCAGUGCUCUGGGCCUGUCGUUGGAAGGUCAGAGACAGGAUUCAGCCGCUCACCUCUCCACUCACUGCAGUUUCUCCUAAAAACAACAACAACAUGAUGGAUUCUUUCUUCUUCACUAGAUGAUACGGUCCUCAAGAACGCAUCAUUUUCACUUCAUAUGUUUGUUUGGAGGUCACUGUAGGACACCAUAGUGGAAGGUCUUUUGGUCUUUAGGGAACAAACUAUUGAACCUCACAAAAGCACCUGUUGAUCAUUUUCAUGUAGGAUUUUCUCAAACGGACCUUCAUCUAUUCUUAAGGGUCAUGUGUCUUUUGUUCUUUGUGUCCACUUUGCUUUUUAAUGAGUAUUUAGAGUAGAAUCACAUCUUUCACUUACGCACACUGAGUGGUUAACAUAGAGACGGAAGCUGGAUGUAGGCCCUGAUUUACUAGUAUACUAAUACUAGUACUAAUUAAACUAGAAUAAUUUAUUUCUAAUUUCUAUAGUGUCUCUAGGAGUCAGAACAACUAACCUCGAUUAGCUUUAACAGAGGUUUGAGCAAUUUCAUAACCAAAUGCUAAGAUAAUUUAAGAUAUAUAAUAUCGUGCCACUGAAGAAUGAGCAGUAUUUCAGUAUGGCCUCAAUUUCGAUUCCCUUUUUGGAGUGUCGUUGACAUGGAUAUCGGUUUCCAAUUCAGGUUCCUAUUUAAAUGACACACAUUUUCUCAUAUGUCAUCGUUCACUUAUAAUCGACAGAGCACAGAUCUUGUUUGUCUUUGACUCACUGAUGCUGCCCAUGUAUUUAAUUAACCACUGUAAUCAAUCAUAAUUACGUACACAGGUAUACAAACGGUUGUUUAGUAGUAGGAAAAUAAUAAUUUCUUCACUUUCUCAAGUAUAUGUUUACUAUUAAAUGGUGUGUUAUUGGCAUUUACCCAUUUGUGGACAGUGUAAGCAUGGUAAUGUAAACCUAUUUACUUCUAACUUCUAACUAGUGUUGCACAUGUCAGACAGGUUUGUCAGCAAGUUGGCAUUUUUCAAGCCGACUUCAUUUAUGAUUUGAAUGUAUUUCUAAUACGAGACACACUUAGUUCAACUCUCAGGAUUUUCUGGUGGUCAUAACUGUAUGUUUUAAUUUUAAUCUAUAGAUUUUUGAAUGGUUUGACUGUCUCUUUUCUCUUUUUGGGAUUUGAGUAAAUAUUUAACAACUCGUGCCAUUGUUCUUUACACUACGAACUGUAUGUUUUAGCUUUCUUUUUCUCUUACACGAUGUAGCGAUAACACAUCAUAUCACUGUUAAUCAACCCAUGAUUUUAACACUUGAGUUCGAUUCAGCCACCCAUUUUUUUAACAUAGGAAAGGAGUAAAAAAAAAAAACUUUUGAAAAUACUUUCAUAAUGUAACUGAUGACAUGUUCAGGUGCCAUUUAGUGUGUUGAUUAAGACUGUGGCCAGUAAAUUAAGCAGAUUGGGUAACACUUCCUACGCAACUUGAUUUUAUAAUACAGUAAAUGUAUUCUUAGUUUUGUGUAUGCCAGGAUGUGUUAUUAUGUAUGGAAUGGGACUUGUGUGUAGACUUAUAUAUAAUAAUCUGCUCCUGAAGAGUGCAACUGCAAAAGCAUUACAUGUCUUGGGAGUCCAGGAGAGCAUAAAUCGCCCUGCUCGGUGAGGUUCGAGAUGAAUUUGCAAUGUAUUAUGAAUACAAGAUUUUAGGAAGUGUUAUUGAAUUGUGGUUUAUGUUCUUGGGCAUGUUUUUUUUUCUUGUCCUUUUCCUUUUUUAAUCCUUGUUAUAACAUAUCAGGCUGCAUUUGGAUGUAUUCAUGGGAGUGAAUGUUCUUUCAUUUUUGCUGCUCAUCCCUGUAAGAUGAUAGGCGCUCCCUGUUGAUUAUCCCUUUAACUUAACUUUAAAUCACUGUAUGUGACUCUAGGAAUAAUAGCUCUUAUUGUAGCUCUCUCUUUCUGUGUCAUAUUUAUGUCUGAGCUCUUAUACGCAUCUUUCACACUGCCUUCAACGGUGAAGAAAGUGUGCCUUGACAAACCAGGUACAAAAAAUAUAUGUAAAGGGUUAGAUACUGAACUCUAGAAGUUCAGAUAUUGAGUAUUUACCAAUAAAAUAUUUUAAUACA